ACAGAAAAACAUUUGUAUGUGGAGUAUGUACAGUCUAUGGUCACACCUCUGAAAAUACAUUUGUGAAAAGCUUCGCGGCGGAUGCGGAGGUGACCUCUCUCCAGCAGGGGGCGGUAGUCCACCGUUAGCCCAGAAGAAGAAGACUCAAAGAUGGACGACGCUUCUCUGCGUGUUUUGGAGCGCUUGACUGAAGUGGAAGAGGCGGCUGAGGAUGUUCUCACCGCCAAACAACAGAUUGUUGACCUGGACAUGAAGAGAAACUUCAACAGAGAGGCGCUGAACGCACUGAAACAUGAGAUGUCGGAUAAAGAAAAAGUCAAGGUUUGCUUUGGAAACAUGUUCAUCAAGUUCUCCAAGUCUAAAACGACGCAGAUGAUCCGGAAAGACCAAGAGCAGCUGGACAAGGAAAUAAACCACCUUCGCAAAGAGCUGAGAACUAAAGUCGGUCGUCUCAACGAGAUCGAAGGAAAUCCUGAGCUGAGAGGUUAUAAUCUGUCUCCUCUAUCCUCUGAUGAGAUGAAAGCUAUCACCAGCCUUCUGAAGAGAUGAGCAGCUAACUGCUGAGGACGAAAACGCCAACGUGUUAAACCCAGUUUCUGUACAGCUCUGCUCAAUAAAUCCAGGACAGUAA